ACCCGCGUGAGAGCACCGGAUGCGGGAGGCCGAAACUUCUUCCCUCCGUCGGCGUCUCCGAUUCUUUAGCUAAGGAUAGCAAAAGGGUGACCUCCGUGACGCGCUUAGCUUAGCAAGAAGAGGCGACGGACGGUGGCUGGCGCGACUUUCUCUCAAGUCGAAUUCGAGGAUCCCUGAUGCAAUAACGACGCUCUCGCAGUCAGUCAUCUCGCAAGAGGAACCGGGAUGACACUUCUUGAAAGCGGUGUUGCUUCGGUUGUCUUGGCAGGAACCUCUCGAGAAGGGCACUUCCGCAAUCCUUUUCGUUCCUUCCUCCUUUCCCCAUAGACAGUUCUGGACGAAAGGACGUGCACAGGUGUAUGGCUACAGGUGCAGUGAGAAGUUGGGUGUACACAGGUGCGGGUCGCGUGUACUCGUGUGACUGUAUGUGUUGGUGUGAUACCUUUAGCGCCAUUUGAGUGACUGGUGACAGGGAGUUGUCGCCGCUAGGCUGUGUGGCCGCGCAGGUCCGUAGACGAUCUCCUGUAACUCCGCCCCCUUUGCACCGCCCAGUCUUUCAGGAGCCCGGCCCAUCAGUCCCUACAUCUGGAAGGCGGAGUUACUCGUGAAUUUUUCUAGCAGUUUUCAAGCAACGCGUCAGUGUCUUUGCCUCCGUAGGAAAGUUCCUUGUCAUAUUCCCAUGACCGAACGUCCUCAUAUACCGGAUUUUCAUGUAUUUCUCUAAAAAGUUCAACGUUGAUGAUCGCCUCUGUGAAACUUCGCCCCGCCCACUAAAUUUAUCCACGCCCACCGUGUAGCGAGUCUCCUCCCCUUCGGCGGCGUGAGCACGUCGCGGCGGGUGGCGGUGCUGAUCGGGUCCCCGGGGCGACCAGAGCUGUGGGAACCCCGGCUACGUACGGAGGUGUCGCUCCCGAGAACUCGCGUUCCGUUCCCCACCAAAUGCCGCGACGACCAUACGUCUCCUCCGCGGCGUCAAUAUACUCGCAACAAGCCCCAAGGACAUGUGGCGGCUCCGGUGCCAGCUGUGACAACUUGCUAUUACGCUAAGUGGUGACCCCGACUCGUUUGUGUUGAUAUAUCUUGUGACUUGAAUGUGUGUUUGUGUGGCAGACUUGUAGUAGUGAUUAUUGUCGCUGCGGGGUCCCUCAGUCAUCUUCGUCCACGCUCCGACGACGUCCGCCUCCGCCAAAACUGUUGUCAUCUUUCGAAAACGUCGUGUGUUGAUCUGCCCCUCAAGUGCUUUCCUGUGAGAGGAAGAAGUGAUUACGGUGCUCCCUCUUUCGACCUCUUUCUGUCUCUCCUCCUCCUCCUCUUCCUCCUCCUCCUCCUUACCCCUGUUUUUCCACUCAACGUGACUCGUUCAGUGCCAAAUAUUAUUCUUAAUUGCGAGAGAGAGAGAAAGAGAGAUAGGUCACAAGGAGCCUUGUGCAGGACAACAUAGAAAGUGCCAAGGAUGUUGAUCAUCAUCAUGACGAAGAUGAUGGUGAUCGUUGCUUCGUCGUUGUGCCUCUCGAUGAGAGGUUGAGUGUACUACCUCCUCCUCCUCCUCCUCCUCUCUCUUGAUUCUCUCUUGUUGGACGAUGCCAAGUACUGAGGGCGAGGUGACGACAGCUCAAGCGGCAGAGGUGGUAGAGCAGGUGGACACGACGGCCACGAAGCUGGAGACGGCGAGGAUGGCCCAGGUGGUGCCCGAAGUGGUCAUUGGACGAUCGCCCGCCCGCAUCAAUCCCAAAAGGAAGCCUGACAAAUCGAAAAUAUUCAGAAUCAGGACAAGUAAGUUCCGUGAUGCUGAUGAACUCCACAUUUGCCCGUACUGCCGAGCAGAGCUGAGUUCUCGUGAGCAACUUGAGGAACACAGAGUGACAUGUGGUCGUGAACCUCCAGUGUUACCUGUGUCAGAUAACCCUCGACCUCAGUUUCAAGAUAAUGAUCACCCAGAUGAGCUACGCCGGCAUCAGGAUGUGGCCAAUAAUAACCAAGCACACAUCCUGAAGAACAGAUCUACGAGUGAAACUACAUCAAACUCCAGAGAAUCAUCUGUAGACAGAAAUAAUGGCUAUGACAGUGAUAGUAAUAAUCCGCUAGAGGGUGGAGCUUUAGCCCACAUUAGAAAUCUCCUGGCUCAAUCUCAGUCCUCAAACACUCCUAGCACCCCAACUGUGGGUCCUAUUGCACAACAGAUUGCACAAUCUAAUUUGACACUGGAAGCUAUACAGAAUACCAGAAUGGCUAUUGCUCAGUUUGCAACAUCUGCAAUGAACUCUCCUACUGCUAAUAAUCCCCAUGCAAUGCAAGAGUUUGCUGUACUGCAAGGUACUCUCUUUUCUUUGCAGCAACAGCAGAUGAUGCAACUACAAUUGAUCCAACAGCUGCAAGCACAGCUUUCUAUUAAAAAGGAUGACAGCCCUACAACACCAAAUCAGCUUGAAGAUUCAUCUAAGGGUCCAAGAGAUGUUCAAGAAAGUCGUGAGACUUCAUCACCACCCACUCCAGCCUCAAAACCAGCAGCUCCACCUACUAGUGAGGCUAGUCAAGGUGUUAGUAGUUCAUUUAUAAAUACUCUCAUGGAACGGUUCAAGGUUCCAUCAAUGAGCAAUGAUGGGAACAAUGAACGGCCACGCCCAAGCUCUCCUCUUUGUUCUCCAAGCACAAGUGGUCCUUCAGUGGACCCAAGAGACCGCCCACUCUCACCACCUAUGACAGCCUCCAGUAUUGCAUCUUCAGUCAUUCAACAUACUGAGCCUCCUCCACCAGAUGAACCAAAUACUCUAGAAAUGUUACAACGUACUGCAAAUAAUGUGUUGAAUAAUGCAUCCCAAGGAUUGCUAACAAGUCGUCUUAUUGAUGACCACAAGCCACAAGAUGGAAAAGACCCUUACUACAAGCAUCGCUGUAGAUACUGUGGUAAGGUCUUUGGUAGUGAUUCAGCCUUGCAGAUUCAUAUCAGAUCUCACACUGGUGAGCGACCCUUCAAAUGUAAUAUUUGUGGCAACAGAUUUACUACCAAGGGUAACCUCAAAGUUCACUUCCAGCGACACACAAGCCGUUUCCCUCAUGUAAAAAUGAAUCCACACCCUGUUCCAGAACACCUAGAUAAACUGUACCCUCCUCUCUUAGCUCAGUUAGGAGAGUUGAAAGACUAUCCUCCACCCCCUACUGGACCUCCAAAUCCAUUUACUUCCCUUGGCGGUGGCCCUUCCAUCCCACCUUACCGGCUACCAGGGCCACCUCCAUCCUCAGAUCUCCAUAGACCAUUCAACCUUCUAAAUAUUGUUAGGCAAAGUAGAGAAGAACCAGAAAAUCUUAGUAUUGCAGAUCCUCGUUCGUCACCUGAACCCAGCGAGAGAGAUUUUGUUCUUGGAAGACUGGAUUCAAGCAGAAUGGACAUUGAUGAAUCCUCACGUCACUCAAAGUUUGAUGGGCAAAUGGAAACUAAUGAGAGUACAGAACCAGGCUCUGUGGAAAUGGCAGAGGAUAGGGAUGAACCUUUUGAUGACAAAAGUCUAAGCCAAGAAAAGAGAUUUGAUGAUGAUGAAGAUGAUGAUAAAUUGUUAGAUGAAAAUAAAACACUGAAGGAAGAAAAAGGAUUUGAAGACGAAAAAAUUGAUGAUGAUGAAAGAAGAGAAAGUAGUGAAGAAAAAUCAGAGGAAAAACAAUUUAAAAAUGAAAAAACUUACAAUGAGGAAAAGAGUAUGGAGGGAGAAAAUGAAGAAGACAGGUUCGAGGCAGGUUUGCCAUUUAAAACAGAAACUAUGCGAGAAGAAUCAGAAGAAAGAUUCAUGGAUUCCCAGGAAAUGAGAGAUUUAAUGGAUAGAAAGAGUUCUGAGGGAGAAACUAGCUCUGAUCAAACACCGAUUGAUAUUAGAGUAAGAACAGAAAAAGAAUUAAAAGAAGCUGGUGAAGGUAACAACACAAAUACUAAAGAUGAUCAUGAUAUGGAUAGCAAUGAUUCUCGUUCUGCCCCAUCAGAGCAACCAACAGACCUCAGGAUGAGACCCGAUUUUCGUCCAUUAGGGAUGCCAACUAUACCUAUCCCUGGACCAAGACUUCCUUUGAAUUUUCCUUUUCUUCCUGGAAUUCCUACCUCAUUCCCAGGACCUAUGGGUCCUCCUCCAAAUAUUCCUCCGGGCAUAGACCCUGCCAAAGAUCCAUCAAUUUACACAAAUCUAUUGCCUAAACCAGGUAGUAAUGAUAACUCUUGGGAGGCACUCAUUGAAAUUCAAAAAACAAGUGAAACAAUGAAAUUAGAACAGUUAGUCAAUAACAUUGAAAAUAAGUUAACUGAUCCUAAUCAGUGUAUUAUAUGUCACAGAGUACUUUCUUGUAAAUCUGCUUUGCAAAUGCAUUAUCGGACACACACAGGGGAACGACCAUUUAAGUGUAAAAUAUGUGGGAGAGCAUUCACAACCAAAGGAAACCUAAAGACGCACAUGGGAGUGCAUCGUGCCAAACCACCAAUGAGAAUGCUACAUCAGUGUCCCGUUUGCCAUAAAAAGUAUACAAAUGCUCUUGUUUUACAACAACAUAUCAGACAACAUACAGGAGAACCAACUGAUCUUAGUCCAGAACAGAUAGCAGCUGCUGAAGUACGCGAUUUCCCACAUCUUCCCACACCUACUUCACUGCCACAAAUGCUGCCAUCUGGUUUCCCAUUACCACCACCUCCAAUACAAGGAUUUCCUCCUUUACCUCUGCACCUGAGGUAUCAAUUGUCACCUGAAGCAUUCAGACAUAGAGAGUUGAUUGAAAGUGAAGACAGGAAUGCUGAUGAAGAUAAAUACUUGCGCCCUUUUAGUACCUCUUCAAGAUCCUCUUCAACUGGCAGUGCUGAGCAACGAACAGCAGAGGAUUUAACUGUAAGGUCCCGUGAAGAUGGUUUUAAUGGCAUGACCUCACCAAGAGUCUCUGUAUCACCUACACCUUCAGACUAUUCUGACCUUGGUGACCGCUCUCAUGAAGCCCAUGGAGACAACCAAGUGUCACCCUCAGGUCAUCAAGUCAGUGGUUCUGUCAGCCCAGCUAUAAGCACUGGGAGUCAAGAAGGCCUUGGAUCUUUACCACUGGAUUUAGCACCACGUCCAAAUGCACCCUUUUUCUCUCCUUUCGGUCUGUUCCCACCUCCCCUUACAACUGCUGCUUUGACGCCUGGGACUCACACUAUGCCAGGCCUCAAUCCUAUGUACCUACCAAGUAUACCAGGUCGCGGGAACACCACAUGUCAGCUUUGCUUCAAAACCUUUGCUUGUCAGUCUGCUUUGGAAAUUCACAUCCGUUCUCAUACAAAGGAAAGGCCUUUCAAGUGCUCCAUUUGUGACCGUGGGUUUUCCACUAAGGGGAAUAUGAAGCAACAUAUGCUGACCCACAAAAUUCGGGACGGUUGCAGAGAUACUCCAAUGGAUCCGGGUUUCAAGCACAAUGGCAUGGGCAAUCCAGACACUUCCUCUGCCUCUCCACUUCCCCCCACCCUUACUUCUCCUUCAAGCCAUACUACUCCACUUCCUUCUUCCCUUCCUUCACCUCUGCCAUCAUCUUUGGCAUCCCCUUUGGCCGCCUCUCAUGCGUCUCCCAUCCAUCCCCUUCUCCCUUCUCCACUCCCGAGAUCCCUUGCUUCUCCUAUGCCUCCAUCAUUAACUUCUCCACAUACAAGACCAAUGACUUCACCCCUGCCCUCUUCAUUAACUUCUCUUCCUUCAUCCAUGGCAUCACCUCUCCCUCCAUCACUCGUCUCAUCGCUACCAUCAUCCUUAGCUUCACCUCUCCCUUCCUCGCUAUCUUCAACCCUUCCUGUAUCCUUGUCUUCAACUAUAUCUUCGUCGAUACAUUGUUCCUUGCCGCCAUCAUUUCCUCCUGCUGCACUAGCUGCAGUUCUUCUGCAACAGGCUCGGGAAGAAGACAAGCUUUUAGAUUCACGGCUCAAAAGAGAGCGAGAAGGAGAAAAUGUCUUACCUGUACCUAAGAGAGCAUCAGGUCUGGGUGGGGAAGGUGAAUUAUUAGAAGGUGGAGAAGGUUCAUCUCCUGGAGGGGGUGAUCAGCAGUUAACCCCAGACCCAGCUUCCUGCCCUUCACCAGCCCCAGAAGUCACAGCCCUCCCUCGUACGUGAUCCAUGCCCAGGCUGUACAGCAGAGGUGGAUCGGCAGUUGAGGAUCGUUUGCCUCCCUCUAGCGCCCUCGAACUAUUAAGGAAUAAACUUCAUCAAUUGCCACCACCUUCCCUUUACAAGCCUGGAACUCUCCUGUAGAUAAUCAGCAGGAGAUGAAUUAAAUUUAUGUGAAAAAUAACUCGGUUAAAAUUCUAAAUACCAAAGUGACUAAUGUUAGACUUGAAAAGCCAGUCAUGUUGUGAAGUACUGAAUGAACUCGUGAGAAAAUGAGAUAUUCAGCAACAAGUUUUGGUGUUGACUGACAAAGAAUCAGGAAUAACCAAAGGUGAAUCAGUGAAGAAGGAUUAUCCUAAUACACUGCUGUCAAUAUGUUACAGAUUUUUAAUAAAUUUUUCAUUUUAUAUUGUUCCGUGACUGUUGUUAGUUUUAUUGUCCAAGUUGUAGAAGUGGACAAAAACUAUCAUGGGAGAUAUUCAAAGACGAAUUAGUGUGUUUUGAAAAGAACAUGUUUUGAACUCUGUUGAGAAUCCCUAUUUCGUCCUGGGAAAGUACAGCUCUAUUUCUUAAGGAAAAACCCUAUACCUAGGAGCACCACUGCAUCAAUAUUGCUUUGAAGAGCAAGGCAGAUAGAUUGAACAUUUAAUAAAAUGAACUGCCAAUCUGUGCACUUGUUGAUAAUGUUUGUCAAAUAUGUACAGGAAAAGAAUUGUCUUAUGUUUUCAUUUUAUAAAAGAUCUCAUUUCCAUGCUGUUACAGACUCACCAUAGCUUAACUUCUUUGUUAAUUUAUGAUUAUGUAAAAAGUACAUUUCUUGGAUGUCCUUAGUAAAUUAUAAUAAAACGAAUUUUUAAGGCAAGAGAUGUAAGCCCAGUACACGUGACAUUUUGUACCAACCCCCUGUAUAUCCACCGUAGUUCCUCGCCAGUCUAGUCUUACAGUUUGGUGUGGUUGAUCCAAACUUCGUAUUAUCCAAGAACCUCAAUUUUGGAUAAUAGGGAACAAGAAAGAACCUCAAACUCAAGUUAUACCUCAAAUAACCUUUCCAAGCUUUUCUUUUCUUUUAUUGCAUUGCAAUUAAAAAGCAAUCAUGGGGAUGGAUAAUAGUAGUUGGGAUCAAGCACAUUCAACAGUGCUGGGUAUGGAAAUGUCACAAUUCUUUUAUACAGUGCUGCUCUGAGGUGGCGCUACUAAGGUGUUGAAAUAACUGCGAGUGCUUAUAUUCUAGUAAGCUGAUCAACGCAGGAGAACUUAGAAAGUGAUAGCCUAGAAUAAUUUUAAAAACUCAUCUACUUAAAUCAGUAAUUGAUAUUUAGGAAUCUCUUUGCUUUGUGAUGUAUUGCAAUAUGAUGGGAAUGGGCAUUUAGGCAAACUUAAGAUGUUCUCUGUGAUACUGUAGUCAAAUUGUUUAAACUGGGCUAGAUUUCCGUUACCAUUCAGAUCACAUCAUCAUAUGAAUUAGAUUGGCCUAGGAGUGGGUGGGCCACAUCUGAAUUUUUAAAGAUUAGUGUGCUCACCAGUCAGUCACUGGUACAUUUACACACAACCAUACUUUUCUGAACUGGCUAGUCACAUAAUGGAUAUGCACAUACAUGGACAAGUAUAUAGUACAUAUACAUAUAUUCAGCCCCACAAAUUUUAACCAUUGUUUUCAAUGCCUUGAGAUGGGAUGAACUAUAUGCUGUACUGUAUAUAUGAACAUUAUAUAUAUGCAUAUAUAUAAAAUUACCAGCACAGUACUAUAUAUAUUGUACAUGAAUAAUGCAAGUCCUGACCUCCAAUUUUGGUGGACAGCUUGUAUUUCUGAUGCAUUUCCACUUAGUCAGGAACAUUUAAACAAUCUUAUACCUGUACAUUGGAAUGUUUCAUCCUCUUUGAAGACCCUCCUUUUGGAUGUGUGUGUGUAUUUGCAGGUGAUCAUUCAAAUAUCAUAUAUCACAACAACAUAAUGGAUAUUCAGGUUUGCCUCAUGACAUAUCUCUGGCUAGUGUGUCUGGAGCUUGAUAUGUAUAUUAUGCUGGCGUCGUCGCUCCCGACACACUUGGCCUCCUCCUCUUCCUUGCUCCUCCUCCCACUAAAAGGUCUCAUCCCAUUCUGCCUCCUGUGGGCCCUUAAAAGUUAGUACUGGUUAACAUAUAUGCCAUAUGUAGGGCCCUAUCCUGUGUCCUAACCUGACUCACAGUGGGCCCUCAGGACACACGAACAUGGAAAAUGAUGAAGAUGUAUGUCCGUCAUGACGAAUCUCCCAGCUGUCUACUUAGUGUUUAAAGAAGCUGGUGGUGCACGGGUGAGAAAAGCUCAUCAGUGAAGAUAUUAACAUAAAGAAAUUUCAUAACAAAUAACUCUUGCCAUCACACUGCAUUGCAGCAAUCCAACGUAAGUGGUAGAACAACUCAACUUACCUCAGUAGCUCUUUGCAUCCCCCGAGCUGCACCACCAGUUGAGUCUUGCUUCUUACCCUCGCACAGAAUAAAAGGAGUUUCAGUCCUGAUUUUGUACAAUUUAAAUGGAUAUAAAACUUAGUUUUCUUGGCUUUUCUAUGAAAUAAAUGUAUGUAGUGUCAUUGUAAAAAAAUGUUUAGAUGAAAUGCUAAUAUGAUAUCAGAUAUCAAAUAGUAGAAGAAAUUUCACACUUUCACAUAUGGAGAAAACAUUUUUGUAUAGCUUUAGAGCACAAGCAUGCAUGUACGCUAAAUAUUUAUCAUAUCAGAUUUUACUUAUGUGUGUAUGAAUGGAAUAGAGGCUGUCAGAGGGUUCAAGGGGAUCAGGUUAAGGCUAGUUUUAAGGAGUAGCUGUAAUUAUAGACGGCUUUAAAAGAUAUCCUUCCAAUAUUUUUGAGUUAACCUCCUCGCAAGAUCCCUUCAAUUUACGAAGGCAACUCUUGCGACUGAGCUCCGGCACAAGACCCCAUCCCAAAAAAACAUAGCUCUGUUGCCCUAAUUCUUAGUAUCCUGUUUUUUUUUAUUAUCACAUCCAUCUUCCAGUGUGCGGGCUAGUGACGCCCCUUGGGUGUAUGUCUGUGAUACGGCUGAACUAGCCACACAAAGGUGAAGUCAUUCCAGUUGUCGCGCUCAGUGAUCCCAGCUUCUUGCCACACUUCCUUCAAAUUCCUAUUGAGUUGACCCUUCCUUUGACAAGGAGAGAGGACGGUAACUUAAUUCUUGGCUCGUCCUACAUCCUUAUAUUCUGAAUCGCUCUCUCUCUCUCUCCUGUCUCCCUCUCUUUCUCUCUCCAUACGUAUCUGUUGAGUUGUGAUGCGUCGGUCAUCUAGCCUGGUUAUUCCUUCUCCACCUUUCCUGUGUUAAUUAGUACUGGACCUUGUAGAAUGAUAAUGUUAUUUUGAUAUUUGUGUGCGCACCUGACUCGCUAUAAUGGCACGUCUCCACCCAGGAAUACAGGAGAAGCUAUUUUUGUACUAUUCUACGAUAGCAGUUCCUGAGCGAAGACUUGCCCUCGCCACCUCCCCUACUUAAAAGUGACACGGAGUGUGUGACGGCCCCCCCUAGUUGUAAAAGCCAGUUUGUCAGCAGCAGCAUCCUUCUUAAUUAAAAACAGUACCAUUGUA